GAAGCGAAACGUUCUGGUUACGUGGCCCAAGUGACGUCGGCAAAGUUGACGCUUCACAAACAUGGCGUCGCAGCAGAAUGAAGUGGAUGAGCUGUUCGAUGUGAAAAACGCGUUUUAUAUUGGCAGCUAUCAACACUGCAUUAACGAAGCCCAGAAAGUAAAGACGUCAAGUCCAGAAAAGGAUGUUGAGAAGAACAUUUUUCUGUACAGGGCAUAUAUUGCUCAGAGGAAGUAUGGUGUGGUACUGGAUGACAUAAAGUCCAGCUCCUCUGAGGAGCUGCAGGCUGUCAGGAUGUUUGCAGAGUACCUCUCCAAUGAAGGCAAGAGGGAUGCAAUAGUGGCAGAACUGGACAAAAAGAUGGCCAAGAGUGUUGAUGUUUCCAACACCACCUUCCUGUUGAUGGCGGCUUCCAUCUAUCUACAUGAGAUGAACACAGAUGCUGCAUUACGUACCCUGCACCAGGGAGACAGUCUGGAGUGCAUGUCCAUGACUGUCCAGAUACUUCUGAAGUUGGACAGAGUUGAUAUGGCAAGAAAGGAAUUAAAGAAGAUGCAAGACCAAGAUGAAGAUGCCACUCUGACCCAGCUUGCUACAGCCUGGGUCAACCUUGCAAUUGGGGGAGAGAAAUUGCAGGAUGCGUUCUAUAUCUUCCAGGAAAUGUCAGACAAGUACUCGCCCACACUGCUGCUGCUGAACGGUCAGGCUGCAAGUCACAUGGCUCAGAAUAAGUGGGAUGAGGCUGAGUCAGUACUCCAGGAUGCUCUGGACAAAGACAGCAGCCACCCGGAGACACUCAUUAACCUCAUUGUGUUGACACAGCAUUUGGGCAAACCUCCUGAGGUGACAAAUCGAUACAUGUCUCAACUGAAAGAUGCACACAAGUCACAUCCAUUUAUUAAGGAAUAUAUUGCUAAGGAGAAUGAAUUUGACAGGCUUGCCAUGCAGUACGCCCCCAGCGCCUGAAAGAACUACAGUUUUAAUUUGUCUCCUACAAUGCAACACAAUAUUAUUUUUCCUCUUUACACUUUUUUUUAAAUGCCUUUAAACAAAAUAACAUUCAUCUGUUUGAGAUUUUUGUUUGCUCUGUCUUUUUGACAUGCCCAAAAGCUCUACAAACAUUCCUGUAUGAUGGUUAAAUAAACGUUUAUCAAACAUAAUGUUUUUAUGUUAAUGAAUAUUCAUAUUGUGAUUUAAAAAAAAAAAGUGCAAAAGCUGUGUGAAAUGUCUUCAUAACACAUCAGUUCACCAUACUGAUUGUCAGUUCAUACAAAAUAAUAAUAUGGGGUAUCUUUAGACCAUUUCCAAUAAAUUAUUCUUAAUUGAAUGUACUUAUAAUCAGCAUUGUGUAACGUCACAGUAUUGAUAUAAAUGAAAGUUACUGUAAAAAGUGUUGCCCUAUACAGACGUGUACCUCUUAUCAUCAAAUGCUCCGAACUAUUGUUUUGUUUUAACUAGAU